CUUGCUGGCAGACUGAUGUAAUGAAAGUGACACUUGCCUCCCCAACUCUCUCAAGAUGCCCUCCAGCAAGGUGCUGAAUCCACUCAGCUGCUCAGAGACUUACAGUAUGUGGUUGUCCCCUGAGGACAGUUUCCAGUAGUCAGCACACUGUAUGAUGCGACAUGUAACUGCUCCUGCACGGUGACGUUGCACAGAUGACACUGCACUUGCUGUGAAUGUGAAAUAGGCUGUUUCUGCAUAAACAGCUCAGCGUGCUUUAGUCAGAAUAAUAGUAACACAGUAAACAAUAACGAGCAGUAACUCGUCAUUCAGGAUACAUAGGAUGUUUCCAGCCGUGGCAGUGUGAGUGCACCGUCUGUCACCACAGCCUGUCAGCAGCACUGCAGAUGGAGCAGAGCGCAGUCAGCUCCCGACCGCAGCCUCGCUCAUUCUGCCAUAUCCUCCCCCUCCACACGCACACCAUGGACGCAUCUCUCACAUCCAAUCGUCGCUACCUUUAACCGUUAUCGGCUGCAUUUCGACGCGACCCGGCGACACAAGGAUCCAACUUCCUCUAUCAUUCCGGGGACACAGCUAAGGCCGACUCCCAGCUGUGGAAGCCACAAUGAAGCGGCUUUUUGUAAAAGCUGUGCAGGACAAAACCAUGAGCCCCUGGCUGCUCUUCACUCUGCUCGGACUUUGUGCAGCAUUUGGGCCCAGUAAACAGGAAGAAGAGGACUAUGAAGAUGUGCCCAUAAAUAAGACCUGGGUCUUGUCUCCAAAGGUCCAUGAGAGCGAUGUGACUUUGAUACUAAAUAAAUUGCUACAGGGUUAUGACAACAAACUGCGGCCCGACAUCGGAGUGAGGCCAACAGUGAUUGAAACAGCUGUCUAUGUCAACAGCAUUGGACCAGUUGACCCCAUCAACAUGGAAUACACCAUUGACAUAUUCUUUGCCCAGACGUGGUAUGACAGCCGCCUGAAGUUCAACAGUUCAAUGAAGCUGCUAAUGCUCAAUAGUAACAUGGUAGGCAAAAUCUGGAUUCCUGACACAUUCUUCAGAAAUUCCCGUAAAUCAGAUGCUCACUGGAUCACUACUCCCAACCGGCUGUUGAGGCUGUGGAGCAAUGGGAGAGUCAUGUACACACUACGGUUGACUAUUAAUGCGGAGUGUUACCUUAAGCUGCAUAACUUUCCAAUGGAUGAGCACUCGUGUCCCCUGGAGUUUUCAAGCUGUAGGUGGUCAAAUGUUUUUCCCUGCCAUUUUUGAACCUGUCAUCUCAAAGUCAACGUGCCCAGAAAGAGGGGCUUCUGUGUGAGCUAGCAUAGUGAUUAAGCCCGUGCCCGAACAAAAGGCCCAUCUGCUUGAGGCUGCCCUCUAUAAGCCUGUACCAGUCUAUCAUCUAGUCCACCAGUGGGGAGAGGCAGUCACCCAAUCCCAUUUUCUCUGAAAAACCUAAUGAAUUGUGCACCCUCUGAUUCAUGCUGUGUCAUACUUCAUUGAUCUCUUGCUUUGUGCUUUAGCCUAUCGUGCCUUGCCAUGAUAAGGUCGGUGAUAUUGUUUUUUUUUAUUUUUUUUGUUGUUGUUAUUUUCCACCAAUCCCAUACAGAGACUAAAACCAUCAAUAAGUGUUGUGUACUUACUGCAGUGUCUGUGAAUCCACAACCUGGUUUAUCUUAUUUGUCUCUGCUGUAGACCUCCAUUGUUGUUCAAAAACUACUAAAAGCACACCAGUGAGCCACACCACUGCACUGGGUGAUGUUUCUUCCUCACAAAAUCAUGAGGUAAUCCAUCCAGAAUGGCCAUCACUUUGUCACUUCACUUUUCACUUUUUUAUUUCUUUGAAAUAAGAAAGAGUAAACUGUGCAUAGAUGUGGUUGCACAACAGUGGGGGUUUAUGCUACUCUACAAAGUGCAGUAACUAUGCAAACAGUGAAGCUGAGAAAAACGCAUUUAAAAUUUUUGGACUGUCCAGCCAAAUAUGUGGUGUUAGUUAAGUGACAAUGCAUUCAUAAAAUUUCUUUGUAGGAAAUUUUUUUUUGAUGUAUAAGUACCAUGACCACUGAUCUGACCUACAGUAUGAUAGCAGACAUGCAGCUACUGCUUUCUGCCUUUGGAUGUCCCUACAGAGUCAAAAUGCAGUAUCAACACUGUAAAUGUUGUUCUCUUAUAACAACCAUUUCUAUAUGUUAUUCAAACAUGUGGACUUCUUUACAAGUAUUAUUCUUAUGAUUUUAGCAUAGCCUAUUUGUGCUUUCUGCCCUCAGAAAGCUUUAAUUUCACUUCCCACCCCUUCCUACAUGUGGAUUGACAAAUCAGAGGUAAAACAAUUUAAAAAAGAAGAGCCCAGUCAGGAGGGUCCAUGAGAUUGCAAUGAUGAGUCUUUUACUGGGCUCAUGAUGUCCAUCCACAGCUCAACAGCAUUUACUCUAGCAGCUGAAAGUUCCUAAUAUACAAUCUCCAAUAAUGUAUUAUGCCAUGACUGUGCUGUCAAAUUGUGUGGAAGAAUUCAGGUUUGAGCAACAAGUUUUUUGGCUGCUGGCAGACUGGUUAGCCAUACUUUAAGAGUUGCUUUUGGAAGCAGAGGUUCAGAAGAGUCAUUAAGGAGAUGACGUGCUGGGUCCAUCAGGAAAUUCACCUUUGUCAGGGUAGAGAUAGCUUGUGUUGUUUCCUGCCAAAACCAUUGUACAUUUGGAUAGUCCCAUACCAUGUGCACCAAGGUGCCUAGACUGCCUGGAGAACAAAAUGUACAGUCUGGGCUGGGACUCAGAUCCAUCCAGUAUCUCUGCAGUGGUGUCACAAUCACCCCAUGACAGAACUUAAAAUGAAUAAAUUGGUGAUUGGGGUUAUGAGGCUAUUAUGCAAUUUGACCAAACCUUGUCCCAAUUUAUCUUCCUGUUGAGGCUGGACAUAGAUAAGUGUUUGUUGUACAUAAAAAAUACAGUAUGUUUUUGUGUUUCCUGAGUCCACAUGACCAGUGGGCGAUCAAGAAAUUUAUCACCCCACUCAACUUUCAAGGGUGUAUAAGGCAGAUUUGAGUCUAAAUACAUGAACAGUGUGCAUUUAUCAGUACCAAUCCUUGCCAGACAGUCUUCAAAGGUGACCAAGGCAUCCUUCCUGUUGAAUGUUGAGGUCAACCAGGACCCUAAUUCCUUUCUCUACUCAGUCAUUCUGGAUAAAGGGUUUGCCACCUGAGAUUAAAUUGAAAUUUCUCCAAAUUGGAGAGGACCUGUGAUUUGGUAUUAUAUCCUACAUGUCUUUCAACUGCCUUGCAGAUUUGGAAUGGGUAUGUCACCAUAGGCCCAUAUUUCAGGGAGCUUUUCCUUUGAGAAAUGCGAGAAAAUAAAAAAAAUCUUUCAGUCUUAUUGACAUCACCAGGUCUUCCUCUAAAACCCCUUGUCCACCACUCAACUCGACUCUUCCUUAUACAACUGUAUGCACUUUUGGUACCAGGUGCUUUGUUUAACACUGCAGAUAGUCCCCUCCUGCAGUGCAGUUUGUUGUCACAGUCACACCAAAACUGCUGUGAAGUCACUGGCCCUGGGUAGUGACAGGGCAGGCUCAAAGUUGUUAUUAUUUUCAUCCUAGGACUAUUAUGCCAUUUUAUUAAGUUUUGAUAGUGAGGUGAGAAAUUAACCAUCUAGUUUUCAAAUAUGUGGUGAAUCUAUCCAAGUAAUGUUAAUUACAUAUUUGCUCCACUGGUUUUCAAUGUGAUGACCUGUUAAUGUGCCAGCUAGCCAGCUCUACUUAGCAGGCAUGGCUGCAGCCACUGGUCUUAUAUUAUCACAUUCAGUAAUCUAUGGGCUAUGUAAUAAGAUGUAUAUGUUAUGGUUCACGUCUAUAACACUUGUGGAAGCUACUAUUAUGAAUGAAUAAAGAACAAGCAACUAGCAUCACCACAUGUAAACAUUCAGGUUCAUCAGUGGCAAGAUCACCGCAUGGUAAUGAUGCAUUUCUCUGGCCAUAUGGUAGUCUGCAGUGUUUACACAUCACUGUUUGGUAUCACUUCAGCUCACUUAGAACCUCAAAGGAGGCCUUAGCAAAAAUAGUACUAGGUAGCAGUUAACUAUCCCUAACAUUUGGAAAAACAAACAAGGUGAGUAGAGUCAAGUUGAGUUUAGCUGGUACCAAGUGGUGGAAAAGGGGCUUAUUUGUACCCACACUGGGCUCUGUCCUUCCUGAAACCACUGACCACAGGGUAAAUGCCCAAUGGUACAAUUUGAAGUUUGGACAGGCCCACCCAUUACUUUGUUGUAAGACUUACCACUUAAUUCUUGCUUUUUAUCCCCAUUCCAUUCAUAUGACCUCAACAUAGUAUCUAACUUAGACCAGUAUUUGGUAGGGGGCAGUGGUACCAUGGAAACUGUAAAAUUUAUAUAAGGUAGAAUAUUCAUCUUUAUCACUGAGAUUCAGGCCAGUAUUGAGGACGGAAACACUUUCCUCAUAGUAAUAUCACUUUCCACCUUUUUCAUCAUGUUAAAAUAGUUCAUUUUUGCCAUUGCCACUAGUGUGGUCCUGAUCUGGAUCCUUAAGAAGGUCACCUAGUCUAAGACCGGGAUGUUGCAAGGGGAUGUCUCUCUUAUUGCUGGUUGCAUUUAUUAGCAUCAAUACAGACUUGGAGUAAUUCAUUUUAAAGUCUGACAGCCUCCCAAAAUAUUCUAAGAUCUGUAUUGUGUUAGGAAGGGACUAUUCCACAUUUGAUAACAACAAGGUGCUGUUUGCAUACAUUGAUAUUGAAUGUAUGGUAUAUCCCAGUAUGGGCUGUUUCAAAUUAGCUGGGCAAGUGGUUCCACUGACAGAUUAAACAGAAAUGGCAAGAUCGGGCACCCUUAGUGUGAGACCCUAAAUAUUCUGAAGGCCUCUGAAAUUAAUUCAGGCCAGUAAACUAUGGUAUAGGACUUGUACCAUUUGUAUAAAUUUAAGGCCAAAAUUAAAUUCUGAAAGUGUCUGUCAGGGAUGUUUCCACUGUAGACUAUUAAUGGCUUUUUCAGUAUACAAAAAUAGAAAGCCACUGUUUGGAGGGAUUUUCUUCAGUUAAGCAAGUUAUGUGCAGCACUCUCCA